GUGCCUCCAGGCCCAGAAUCGGGAACGGCGCUGGUGGCGUGCGAUCUGAGUGCCUGUGCAGGAACCCGCUGCACUUGGUGAGGUGGGCAUGGGAGACCAAGCCCAGCUGACCAGAGACCCCGUUUUCUUCCAGACUGAGGGGAAAGGCGGUGGGACCUCCCCACCUGCCCCACAGAAGAUGCAGUUUUUCGGCCGCCUGGUCAAUACCCUCAGUAACGUCAGCAACUUGUUCUCGAACCCAUUCCGGGUGAAGGAGGUGGCUGUGGCCGACUAUACCUCGAGUGGCCGGGUUCGGGAGGAAGGGCAGCUGAUUCUGUUCCAGAACACUUUCCAUCGCACCUGGGACUGCGUCCUGGUCAACCCCAGGAACUCACAGAGUGGAUUCCGGCUCUUCCAGCUGGAGGCGGAGGCCGAUGCCCUGGUGAACUUCCAGCAGUUUUCUUCCCAGUUGCCACCCUUCUAUGAGAGCUCCACCCACGUCCUGCACAUCGAGGUCCUGCAGCAGCUGACCGACCUCAUCCGCAGCCACCCCAGCUGGUCGGUGGCCCACCUGGCGGUGGAGUUGGGGAUCCGAGAGUGCUUCCAUCACAGCCGCAUCAUCAGCUGCGCCAAUAGUACGGAGAAUGAGGGGGGCUGCACCCCCCUGCACCUGGCCUGCCGCAAGGGCGACGGGGAGAUCCUGGUGGAGCUGGUGCAGUACUGCCACGCCCAGAUGGACGUCACCGACAACAACGGAGAGACGGUCUUCCAUUAUGCUGUCCAGGGUGACAGUUCCCAGGUGCUGCAGCUCCUAGGGAAGAAUGCCUCGGCCGGCCUGAACCAGGUGAAUAACCAAGGGCAGACGCCGCUGCACCUGGCCUGCCAGAUGGGGAAGCAGGAGAUGGUCCGUGUGCUGCUGCUGUGCAACGCUCGCUGCAACAUCAUGGGGCCCGGCGGCUACCCCAUCCACACGGCCAUGAAGUUCUCCCAGAAGGGGUGUGCUGAAAUGAUCAUCAGCAUGGACAGCAACCAGAUCCACAGCAAAGACCCUCGCUAUGGGGCCAGCCCCCUCCACUGGGCCAAGAAUGCAGAGAUGGCCCGCAUGCUGCUGAAGCGGGGCUGCGACGUGAACAGCACCAGCUCCGCAGGGAACACGGCCCUGCACGUGGCUGUGAUGCGCAACCGCUUUGACUGCGUCAUGGUGUUGCUGACCCACGGGGCCCACGCUGAUGCCCGCGGAGAGCACGGCAACACACCGCUGCACCUGGCCAUGUCGAAAGACAACGUGGAGUUGAUCAAGGCCCUCAUUGUGUUUGGGGCAGAGGUGGACACCCCGAACGACUUUGGGGAGACUCCUGCAUUACUAGCCUCCAAGAUCAGCAAACUUGUCACCAGGAAGGAGCUCCUAACUCUGCUGAGAACCGUAGGGGCCGACUGCCGCUUCCCACUCGUCCAGGGGGUCCCCGUGGAGCAGGGCUCCACAGCAACGCACCAUUGCUUCUCCCUGGAAAGAUCUCAGCCCCCACCAAUCAGCUUAAACAACCUAGAACUGCAGGACCUCAUGCACAUCUCCCGGGCCCGGAAGCCAGCGUUUAUCCUGAGCUCCAUGAGGGACGAGAAGCGGACCCAUGACCACCUGCUCUGCCUGGACGGCGGGGGCGUGAAAGGCCUCAUCAUCAUCCAGCUCCUCAUCGCCAUCGAGAAGGCCUCAGGCGUCGCCACCAAGGACCUCUUUGACUGGGUGGCAGGGACCAGCACAGGGGGCAUCCUGGCCCUGGCCAUUCUGCACGGCAAGUCCAUGGCCUACAUGCGUGGCGUGUACUUCCGCAUGAAGGACGAGGUGUUCCGGGGCUCGCGGCCCUACGAGUCGGGGCCCCUGGAGGAGUUCCUGAAGCGGGAGUUUGGAGAGCACACCAAGAUGACAGACGUCAAGAAACCCAAGGUGAUGCUGACAGGGACGCUGUCUGACCGGCAGCCGGCUGAACUCCACCUCUUCCGGAAUUACGAGGCCCCAGAGUGCGUGCGGGAGCCGCGUUUCAGCCAGAAUAUCAACCUGAAGCCUCUAACUCAGCCCUCAGACCAGCUGGUAUGGCGGGCAGCCCGAAGCAGUGGGGCAGCCCCCACCUACUUCCGGCCCAAUGGACGCUUCCUGGAUGGCGGGCUGCUGGCCAACAACCCCACACUGGACGCCAUGACUGAGAUCCAUGAAUACAACCAGGACUUGAUCCGCAAGGGUCAGGGCAACAAGGUGAAGAAGCUCUCCAUCGUCGUCUCUCUGGGGACAGGGAGGUCCCCGCAGGUGCCCGUGACCUGUGUGGAUGUCUUCCGUCCCAGCAACCCCUGGGAACUGGCCAAGACUGUUUUUGGGGCCAAGGAACUGGGCAAGAUGGUGGUGGACUGUUGUACAGAUCCGGAUGGGCGGGCCGUGGACCGGGCCCGGGCCUGGUGCGAGAUGGUCGGCAUCCAGUACUUCAGAUUGAAUCCCCAGCUGGGGACAGACAUCAUGCUGGACGAGGUCAGCGAUGCAGUGCUGGUCAAUGCCCUCUGGGAGACCGAGGUCUACGUUUACGAGCACCAGGAGGAAUUCCAGAAGCUCGUCCAGCUGCUGCUCUUGCCGUGAGGCAGCCAGGCCCCCAGCCGCCCCCUACC